AUGGAUGGACGCUGGUUCCUGACAUGUUCCAAGGGACUGGCUGUGCUCGGAGUGUUCGCCAAGAUCGGGCGGCCCCACCCCUACUUCCAGGCCAUCAUAGAUAACCUUAGGCUUCUCGACAUCGGCGACUACGCGAACGUGCGUCCGUUCCCGAUGAGCGAGCUUUUGCCUGGCAACCGGGAGACGUACUACCGGUACAACGGCUCCCUUACCACCCCGCCCUGCUCCGAGAGUGUCGUGUGGACUGUGUUCCGAGAACCCAUCGAGAUCUCAGAGGAACAGAUUGAGCAGGUGCGUAUGUUGUCCAAGAUCUCUAACGUGACGGACAACUACCGGCCCAUCCAGAGCCUCAACGGUCGCCGCAUAUUCGUCCGCAAUCAGCCUGCCACCAGCGUCUACGGCGCCAAAGAAUCCAUCAACAAUCCUUCCGGUGACGCCGCCCUGCCCCUCGCUUCCCUUUUCCUCAUCCUGGCGCCACUCGUUGCUGCCGUCUUGAAAUAUUGAGGAAGUGUCGACACGUGAUGCGCGCUGUGGCUGUUACCGCGGAGUGAAAAGGGAAAGGGGGCGGAGGGAACUGGCCGUGUGGACUGUGCUUGUGACAUUUUAAUGAGCCGUUAGUUAACUGUACUGCCCCGUCCCUCGCAGAAGCAGCGUUAGCACGCGGACACAUGCAGACUGCAAGAUGUUGGAUAUUGCAAUUCCCCUUCUUCGAUUACCUUUGAGCAAAAUACUCGUUUGUUUUGAUAUGCUCUGGGGCCAACAUUUCUGACGAGUGAUAUUGGUCCCAGAUAUGUGUAAGUAUAGGGAUCUGUCUCAAACACAAUUCGUUGGGGAAGGCACGCUCUUGCCAGGAUUUACUAUACGGAUUGUUACAACCUUUUGAUCUUUUAUAAGCUAAAUGCUUCCACUUUUUGUUCAUGUAUGUUUUAUUAAUUUAAUAACAAACAUUUUUUUUUAAGUUGUCGCCCUCCCCACCAAAGGUUUGGUUUAAGGAAGAGCCUUAAGUAGGUCUAGCAUGACGGAUAUAUGCUCUAUGGAUUUAAAUCUAUGAUUUAUUAGUAUGUUGGAGUCAUCAUUGAUAUUUACAUUUUUCUUGCCAUGAGUAAAAUUUUACUUUUGUAAAUCAAAUUGUGAAUAUAUAGAUAUUUGUUAACAUUAGUUAUUGUAUUUGUUAUUUUAGUCCUAUUUAGAACUGCCAAUGAAGAAAUACACUGACGUUUGAAUAACACUGGUUUAAUCAUUUUAAAAGUUACGAUGUUGAAAGGGUCCAAAUCCAUGUAUAAUAACAAAAACUUAUUUAAAAUCUUAGUUUCUAAUACUACUGUGUACGGCUGUUGAAAAACAAAACAAUGAAAGAUAAGCACAAAUGUGAACGUGUCCUGCUCGGUAUCAAAGUCUGAAUAUGGUCGUCAUUCAUAUUUGAUUACACCUUUUUCUUUUGAUAUCGUGUGACCGUUUUACACACAGUUUUACGUACAUGUUGGGGUCCUGUCAUCAAUAGAGGGGUACGUGUCCAUAUAGACGUUACAUAUACACUCAUCCUACAGUCUGCAGCAGUUCAGUUGCUUAGGUCUUUUAAGAUUCGUCUUAAAACUGAAACAUAUUGAAAAACCGCAGAGUAUUUUAAAACCUGCAGGAAGAAACAGAAUUUAGCUGGCCACUCGAAAGAUCAUAUCGCAUUUGUGCUUAAGUUGCAAUUCUUGUUUAUUAACGGCGACCAGUUCACUUAAAAUGUAAAUGGCAUUUUGAAGAUUUAUGGAGUUUGUUAUGACAAAGUAUUAUUUGACCUUAUAUCAUCAUAGUUUUUUAUAAAAGAAUAAAUAGUAUUGCUCUUUUCAGCAAUAUCAUUAUAAUUAUAUACCUUAUCAUUUUGAUUUAAUGUUUUGAUUUGUAACAAAUAAAUGAUGA